AUGAAAUUCGUACAAUUUUUUCCGAAGGAUACUCCUAAUACGCUGAGGGUCGGAUACCUGCAUGGUGAUGAAGUAGCGGAUAUUUGUAGUUAUGAUAGCAAUAUGCCAAAAACUAUGCUCGAUAUACUAAAAGCUGAUUUAGUUAACAGUAUUAUAUCGGCUCCAACUCCAAACCCAAAGACUCUGACGCCCCUCGCAGAAGUUACAUUGAAAGCACCAAUCCAUGACAUGGAUAAGAUCCUGUGCAUCGCUCUAAACUAUGCCGAUCACUGCAAGGAACAGAAUAUACCAGAACCUAAAGUACCGGUAGUCUUCAACAAGUUUGCCAGUACAAUCAUCGGGCCCAAUGAGGCUGUGAAGAUAAGGACUCACGUAACUAAGAAAGUAGAUUGGGAAGCAGAGCUAGCUGUGAUCAUAGGCAAGACUGCAUCGGCUGUGUCAGCUGCGGAUGCAUACAAUUAUGUAUUCGGAUACACCAUAGCUCAGGAUAUUAGCGGACGAGAUUGGCAGAAGGACGAAAAUGGAGGGCAGUUCUUACUGGGAAAAUCCCAAGACACGUUUUGUCCGAUUGGACCGUGGAUAGUAACAGCUGAUGAGAUCACCGACCCAGACAACUUGAACAUCAAAUGUUAUUUGAACGAUGAACUGAAACAAGACAGUAAUACUGAGAAUCUGAUUCAUAAGAUACCAGCCAUCAUUGAGAGACUUAGCACGAUAAUAACAUUGCUCCCUGGUGACCUGAUCCUCACUGGCACUCCCGGAGGAGUAGGACAAUACCGUGACCCUCCAGAAUUCCUCAAACCAGGCGAUGUAAUCACUAGUGAAAUAGAUAAAAUUGGAACCUUAGUGGUAAAUGUUGAGCAAUUUUAA